UUUUAUUUAUUUAUUUCUUUUCACAGCAAGCUAAGAGUGAGGCUGCUGCUGCAUUUGGAAAUGAUGGAGUUUAUUUGGAAAAGUACAUCCAAAAUCCAAGGCAUAUUGAGUUCCAGGUUCUUGCUGAUAAAUAUGGUAAUGUUGUCCACUUUGGUGAACGUGAUUGCAGCAUCCAGAGACGUAAUCAAAAGCUGUUGGAAGAAGCACCCUCUCCUGCUUUGACCCCUGAGUUGCGGAAAGCCAUGGGUGAUGCAGCUGUUGCAGCAGCAGCUUCCAUAGGUUACAUUGGUGUUGGAACGGUUGAGUUUCUUCUAGAUGAAAGAGGUUCCUUCUACUUCAUGGAAAUGAACACUCGUAUCCAGGUUGAGCAUCCUGUGACAGAAAUGAUUUCCUCCGUUGACUUGAUUGAGGAACAAAUUCAUGUAGCCAUGGGAGGAAAACUUCGUUAUAAACAGGAAGAUAUUGUGCUCAGAGGCCAUUCAAUUGAAUGCCGUAUCAACGCAGAAGAUCCUUUUAAAGGAUUCCGACCUGGACCAGGGAGAAUAACAGCAUACUUGCCGUCUGGUGGCCCAUUUGUCAGAAUGGAUAGCCAUGUUUAUCCUGAUUAUGUGGUUCCACCAAGCUAUGAUUCCCUACUUGGAAAGCUUGUUGUGUGGGCUCCAACUAGAGAAAAGGCAAUUGAGCGCAUGAAAAGGGCUCUUGAUGACACCAUCAUUACAGGUGUUCCUACGACCAUUGAAUACCAUAAACUUAUCCUUGAUGUUGAGGACUUCAAAAAUGGCAAAGUUGACACUGCUUUCAUUCCAAAACAUGAGGAGGAGUUACGAGCUCCCCAGGAAAUUGUUCCAGCGACACCUGCUAAAGAAAUGGCUAGUGCAGCUGCUUAGAUUGAUCUCCUUCUAAAAUUGCAACCACAAAUAGCUCUCUGCGAAAGUAAGUUACUGGCAUCAAUUAAAUACAUAUAGUCUCCUCGGUUGUAUUAUCGUUCUGUAAGAAAUUGUAAAAUUGCAUGUGCCAUACUUAAGAAUACUGGAAACUUCAUUUUGAUCUGUUGAGUGUUGUGCUUCAAUUUGGUAAUUAGAUAUAAGAGGCAAGUGAUGAAUAAGCUUGCUGCAACGACUGGUGAGUAAAAUCACAGGUGACUGAAAUUUCAAAUUGGGAUUUGUAAUUGUAAUGUUGAUGAGAAAUUCUGAGGAAUUUUAUUGGGCAAUCAGUCUAAAUGUUGUUGGAGUUUAUGCUUAUGCGAUUGCUUUUAACAAUCAAUGGAUAAGAUGUGCUGAUGGAGUGAUGGUAUAGAUA